GAUAGCGACAUUAUCAAGGGAAAAUAUUUUGGUUAAGGCAGAAUGUUGUGUGACGCUUGAUUUAGAUAAUUCAAAAUCAAAACUUAUCAUCAAGUUUAGUUGUUCAAAACAAGCGACGUAGAAGAGAAAAUUGCCGACAUUUUGGUAAAAAGAAUGAGCCAAGUCGAUUAACGGAAUUAUUAAAAGUUUGGAGUAAAAUCUGGAGCCCAUCAAAUUACAGGGUUUACAUCAAUCCCGUCUUCUUGUUGAAACGUCAUCCAGGAAUUUCAUCAGCUCGUGGAGAUUGGAACGUCAGUGGCGCGCGUCUCAUUUCGUCACUGUGCGAGGCAACGUAAACAGAAGGGUGAUUUGUAUAAACUUGGACUUGAAGGCAAGUGCAGCAUUUCCGCUGUGCUUCAUCGAGAAAAGAAGACAAACAUUAUUUAAAUUUCAAGGCGUAGAAUUGGUUAAUUAAUUAAACAAUCGGAGUUUUAAUCAUGAACCUUAGCGCUAUGGAUUACAAACUGAAUUUAUCGCAUCAAGAUUACUACACCAGCGGUCCAGGAGUCAAAAUGGAGCCACUGGAAUCAUCGAAAUAUUUGGAAACAAAAAGUUCUAAAAAUGAAAAAAUAACAGCGGAUAUUCCGGAAAAGAAGAGCGAAGACCAUUCUCAUUCCGACAGCAAAAAGGAAUCUGCAAAGGACAGUUCGAACGAGCAUACGGAUCCGAACACCAAACCGCCGUAUUCUUACGUUGCUCUGAUUGCCAUGGCCAUAAAAGAAUCUACAGAAAAACGUCUGACUUUAAGUGGUAUAUAUAAUUUUAUCGUUGCUAAAUUUCCUUAUUAUGAGAAAAACAAAAAGGGAUGGCAGAAUUCUAUCAGACAUAAUUUAAGUUUAAAUGAAUGUUUUGUGAAAGUUCCAAGAGAAGGGGGAGGGGAACGGAAGGGCAAUUACUGGACAGUCGAUCCGGCUUUUGAAGACAUGUUUGAAAAGGGAAAUUAUCGACGAAGACGGAGGAUGAAACGACCCUACAGACCAGCCAUAUCACUACCCAAACCCUUAUUUGCCGAUUCGAGCUGUGCCUUCAAUCAGUUUGCUCUGACCAAGAACUAUUUCUCAUCCCCGUAUUCUCAAUAUUCGAACUAUUCACCAUGGAGUUUAACUCAUAAUUCCUCACAAAAUAACAUGGGAAUGUCCAAUAUAAAUAAUUACGGUUCCUGUCAACGAGUGCCCUCUGCAAUAAAUCCCUACCCUAGUAUGCAGUCGGCAGGGGUUCAGAUGUCUCCUACGCCCUCUCCGUACCCCCAGUUUAACGAAUACGGGUCUGUGACGGGAUCAGGGCCGUUCGCUUUUCCAUGCCGUCAACAAACAGAAGCCUUUAGUCCAAUGCAUUAUCCUUAUUGGACCGAUAGAUAAUAUAUGUAAAGAUGUUAGUAAUUACAGAUAGGCGUGUUUACCAAUUAUUAUUAUUAUUAUACUCUGAUUGGAUCGUAAUCUAAGACGAAAAACUGUGCCAAAAGACUACACAUAUUUUGCUAAAUCUAGUGCGACUGUGUGAAUACAUAGAAAUUAUAUGAUACCUUGGCAGUCAAAACACAAAAAUACUAUGUGCCAAAAUGACCAUUACAGUUUGGAAGUGCACUCCUGGAUUUUCGCAGAAGGCACGUUACCUGGAACGAAACGAUGAUAUGAAAUGUAACCUAAUCACUGAUUAGUUGAUGACAUCUUGUAACCUAAUACCUGAUUGGCUGUUGAUGUUUCCGAAAGGUCACCUUACGCAUUGUAUUUUAUUGAACAAACCUUUCAGAGACGUGUUUGCGUAAUUAAUGCGAGUAAUGACUGUGCGUAAUUAAUGCGAGUAAUGACUUCGUGUAAUUAAUGCGAAUAACGACUUUUUGUAGUUACUGUGAGUAAUGACUGUGCGUAAUUAAUACGGAGUUAUGACUGUGUAUUUAGUACUGUUAUUACUGGACUGGGUCAAUAUGAAUGUUUGGCGAUUGCGAGUUAAUGUCCAUCGCUUAUCUAUGGUGGCUGUUAGCGGCCAUUCAAAUGAAUCUAAAUCGUCGCCUUGUGAGGAAGGCGACAAGUCGACAAAAUCAACCCACCAACAAAUAUAUCCGAGAAAACUAAGCAGCAUAAUUAUAGAACCAUUUUUCGAAAUUUCUAUAAACAUUUUAAGAAUAUCGCCCUUGACCUAUCAAAAAUGAUCAUUUGAAGUGAACAACUUUAUUCUAAAUUCGUAUUUUAUGUUCGAUUGUAGCACGUGGCAUAUGUGUUGUAUUUAAGGUCUGGUCAAUUAUCCUGGGUAUGUCCACGGGUAUCGUAUAGAUAAUCUACUCUAUAUUGUCAAGUGGAAACCAUUUGGACUGGUAUAUCCGCGACUAGGCAU